CCGACGCGCGCGUGCGCCUCACCGUUGUCGGCGGAGGAGUGACGUUGCGCUCCUGGGCCGUGAGGGACUGAGGAGGCGCCUCGGGCAGCCCGAGCGAGCGAUUCGCCAAGUCGGGGCAGUUCCGCUGACUGGAGGCUACGCCGAAGCGGGCGAGCCGAAGGGCCUUUGCUCCUCGGGAGGGGGAAAGAUGCGGUCGGCUUGACGCGAGUCUCCUCCGGUCGCGGUCCGAUCCCCGCCGGGGCCAUGGCUGCGCCAAGCUGGCAAGAGAUUGUGGCCCAGCAGGCUGAGGAGAUGUCAUCCCGGCUGCGGGACGUGCUGUCGGCCGGCGUGGGCCUGCUGCGCACCGAGUUAGGCCUGCAGCUGCCGCCGAACCUGGAGCCGCAGCGCCUGCCUACCUGGUUGGUGGUGCUCUCCACCUCCGUCCUGGCUCUGCUGGUCCUGCUGGGGCUUCUGUGGGCCGCGACCUGCGCUAGAGGGGGAGAUGCCCGCAAGAAGCGCCUGGGCAGAGCAGCCCAGACAGGCGAGGAAGAGGAGGAAGACGACGAGGAGGAGGACGAAACGGCGGGCGUGGGCCUGACAGGAGGGCGAGGAAGCGGGGGGCCCAACAAGGCGGCUCCCGGGGCAGCCACGAUGCUCUUGUUGAAGGGAGAGGAGCAGAAAAAGCGGAAUAAAAAGAAACCGCCGGAAAAAACGAGCAGACUGAAUGGUCAACCUGCUCAUGAAAUGUCUGAAGAGGAAAUAAUGCGGACUGUUCGAAGAGACAAUCUAAAGCAGCCAAGUGAUGCAGAAAAGAAAACUGAAAAGUCAAAGAAGAAUAAGAAGAAACCAAAGGGAGAUGCCAGAACUGUUCAGGACCAGUCACGCAGUGAAGGAAAAGAAAUAGAUGAAGGUACAGAAAAGCUGAAACCGAACACCAGUGUUACCGCGGGGUCCCGCGGCGCUCCCCACUACUUGGGCAACGACUACGCAGCCGCCCCGACGCAGCCGCUCUCUCGGCCCUUUGGCGCGCGGCAUUUCUGCCCCUCUUCGGAACUGAGUUUUUCAAAGAACCCCGCGCAGAGCGCGGGGUUGUGGGGAAGCCUGGGUGGUCACUCCGGGGUUGCGGACUUCCCGCCACUCGGAGUGACGUGGACCCACUGGUCCAAUCAGGCUAAGGCGAGUACCGCGGGGUCCCGCGGCGCUCCCCACUACUUGGGCAACGACUACGCAGCCGCCCCGACGCAGCCGCUCUCUCGGCCCUUUGGCGCGCGGCAUUUCUGCCCCUCUUCGGAACUGAGUUUUUCAAAGAACCCCGCGCAGAGCGCGGGGUUGUGGGGAAGCCUGGGUGGUCACUCCGGGGUUGCGGACUUCCCGCCACUCGGAGUGACGUGGACCCACUGGUCCAAUCAGGCUAAGGCGAGGCGUGUGUGCUGCGUGCGCAUCGGUUUCUUCCCCCAUUUCUUUCCCAUUUUCUUGACGGGGGACAGUAUUUCAAGUAUUCAAGUUAGCAACUCUAAAUCUGGAAAAGUUGAUGCUGUACUCCAGCAAGGGUUGAAUGAAGGACCAACUGUAAAUGGAGGGAACUGGAGUGAAAAGCCUGUAAAGCUCUCCUCUCAGAUUGGUACAAGUGAGGAGAAAUGGACCUCGGUGACAUCUGCAGGUAGCAAGAAGAAGACUGAGACGUCUGCUUGGGGAAAAGAUGCAGGAGAUAAUGGCAAUGGGAAGGAAUGGGGAGUGUCCCUGGUGGGCAGAACGUGGGGUGAGCGCUCUUUGUUCCCUAGUGUUGCAGCCUGGUCUGGAGUGGAUGGAAGAAUUAAUACUCCUGAACAGAGUUCUGCUUCAUUCACUUCUUUGGGACUAAAUCCUGCAGUUCCAGGAUCCAGUAGCGAGUCUGUUUCUCAACCUGGCACUACAGAUUUCCAGUGGGAUUUAAACCGUAAUCAGGCACAUAUUGACGAUGAGUGGUCUGGGUUAAAUGGGCUUUCUCCCACUGAUCCCAGUUCAGACUGGAAUGCACCAGCAGAGGAAUGGGGAAACUGGGUGGAAGAAGAAAAGCCUCCACCCACCCCACAACUUGAAGAAGUGUUAUCUGAAGUUCAAAAGGUUUCAGAUGAAGACAGAGAGAAGACAGAACUGACACUGCACAGUACAGCAAGUGGCAAAUCGAAAAAGAAGAAGAAGAAGAAGAAGAAGCAGGGAGAAGAGGCUGGCUCUGCAGCGCAGGAUGCUGAAGACCUAGAAAGAGAUGCUGCAGAAGAAUUUCCAGAAGAUACCUCAAAAGUUCAACAAGAAGAGAUGUCUUUCUCUUUAAAGACCAUCAGCACUAGUGAAGAAGCUGAGCCUGAGGAGACGCCCACAUUUUCUGUUUCUACUGAGCCAUCUGUAACUGUAUCAGAGAAUGAAUCUGACAAGCUACCUUCCCAAGUGCCACAGAUGCUCCAGGAGACAGAAGUUCCUAUUUCUAAUGUUAAGCAAAACAGUGUGCCUCCGCCACAGACCAAGUCUGAAGAGAGCUGGGAGUCCCCCAAACAAAUUAAAAAGAAGAAAAAAGCCAGAAGGGAAACGUGAAUUUUUUGAAAUGGACGUGUGUUGCAGAAACACUUGUCGUGAAGAUUAUGCUGUUUAUGCAAUAAUUUGUGAACCUGUACAGAAUUUUAUAUAAAUUUCAACAGAUUUUUUUAAAAAAACAAACUGCUAUGAACACAGCCAUUUCUAAGAACAGGAACCGAAGGAAAAUAAAUCGGUGACAUAAUUUAACAGGAAAUACGAUGAUACUGGAAGAUGCAUUGAAGAGUGUAUUUUCAACGUACUGGGAAAGUAAUUUUUUAAAAACAUACUGGCUUUCCAGCAGUGCCGUUUACAACAGUUUAUGCCCUAUUUCAUGUGCGUUGAAGAAAAAAAAGGAUUGAUCUUAACAUGAUCUUUAAUCUGUAAAACUAGAGUGUCACUCUACCUGUCAUACAGUGUCUGCCAUUCUGAUUUUAAUACAUACAUCAGAGACAUUUGCCAUAUCUUUUUAAUACUUAAUAGAAUGUGCUAACCAUAAGGGUAACGCAAUGAAAGGCUGACAUGUGGAAGUAUGUACUCCUGACUAGUCCCCUUGACUUCAAAGGUAUUACUUCAGGGUAAGUGCGUCCCAGGAUUAUGGAUAGAACUGUUCAGUAAAAAAACAUUUUGACAGUAACAUUUUUUGUUAUUUAGAAUACAAAACUUGUAAAAACUUCAGAUUACAAAAGUCAAUGACUGGGUCAAAACAAAGUUCUUUCUGUUAGCCUUCUGCAUGCAUUACUCAGAUAUAUUUUAAGAUGAUGGGGCUAUGCUGUAUUUUAUUCUUUUUUUAAUAGCGCUAGGGUAGCUUUUACCCUUUAUUCUCAAUAAUUUUGAAAUGUGUGACUUUUCUUCCUCACAUUUUUUCUCUUUUUUAAAAAAUGUCCAUAAAUUUGUCUAAGUCUUCAAAGAUGUGAAAGAUAACAGGGAAAAAAGAAAAAAAAUGGCUCCAGAACAGCUUUAAUUGAUGAGACCACCUAUAUCAGGAAGUGCUUUUUUUGCUGCCUUAAUCUAUGUAGAAUCUGCAUCUAGAGUUCUUAAAAAGAAUUAGUAUGUAUUUGUAUUUUUUAAAAAAAAUCAUGCAAGUGCAGCAAUUGUAAAACCACCAACUUUCCACCCGGAGUUAUGGAUUAGAAUCAGAGUCGAGCUGUAUCAUUUUCAGGCACUGUCAUGACAUCGUAUCAAGCAGGCAGGUAUCUAUGAAUAGUGCAUGCUCAGCCAUGUACACUGUAUAUAGCCUUUACAAAAUGUGUAUGUUUAAAGGACCAUAAAUAGCAUUAACGGUGAGCAUCUGUUAAAGAAAAGCCAUGAUUAUUUGGUGUGACUGGCUUAGGUUUUUUCAUGUGGCAGAGAAAUUGAAACAGCUGUAACCAAUGGUACUGUAUUGAUUAUCCCAUAAUGUCUCCUUGUAUACAUCUAAAAUUUUGUUAAAAUUAACUUGCAAGGCCAGGUCAAUUAAAACAACAAGCUGCAUUUAGUUGUACUGAAGGCAAGCCUUAUUAAUUAAUAGUGUUCCUAAUAAAUGAAUAUUAAUGUUAAUUCCUGUUUCAGGAACAUGGCAGAUGUUUACAUGUUCAGGCAUUUGUUUUAAUUCAGUGAAAUUUCUAAAUCAACUCUGUUAAAAUAAAUCGAGCAAAUUGAUAGCAUUGUUUUAUUUAUGGGAAGGGAAUAAUGUUUAGACAGUGUUUAUCAGGAGAGGAGGGGUCCAUGAAACUACUUAGUAUUGAAAUACAGUUUUCAACAGUGAUUUAAGAAGAUGUUAAAUUAUGUCUGUUUUUUCCUGUAAACUUGCCAUUCAUCGUAUACAUCUUAGUGUGAUUACUGCCAUCCAUUUCCAGCGUAAAUUUUUGAAUGUGCAAAAAUACUGCAUCACCUUUCCACACUUGAUCAGAGAGAACCUUCUGAGAAAGGUAGCAAAAUGGUAAGCCUUGCUCAGAACAGGCGUGAAACUUGAGUCAGAAAAUAUCCUGUUAUACUUUUUUUCCGCAAAAAGAUGAUAGUAAAUGUGUCUAUUAAUCCGCCAUUUCCUGGACCUUCCUUUGUAGUAGAAUGUUCCAGGUGGGUACUAGUGCCUAUCGAGUUCCUCUAGGUAUGCACUAGGAUUCCCAGGGAGCAUUCUACUGCAAAGGAAGUCAAGGAAGUAGCAGAUUUAAUAUACAAAUUUACUGCCCUCUUUUUUGUGGAAAAGAGUAAAUAUAGGUUAUUUCAAAUGUUCAUAGUUACUUCAGGGCUGGCAGAGUACAUGUUAAUUCACAAGAGUGAUUUAGUACACUUCCAUUAGUAAACAAACGUGGAGAGGAUUUCUAUCCAGAGUCAAACAUAUUAAAAUGUUUCUGGUGUAAACAGGGUUUUUUUAAACAUUGAAACAGCUUGUGUGAGCAGGCCAUUAAAUCACAGGAUAGGUCUGUAGUUCUAUGGUCUUGCUGCUAAAUAGUACAUUGAAGGUACUUUCCAAUGGAACAUUUGCUCUUUGCUUUUCUUAAGCCCUGUUUGGUCUGGUUUCCUGGUGUCUUUGCUGUGCUUGCUCCCUGUUUUUCAGUGGGUACUCAGCAGGACUGCAGCUAGUCACUGCAGACAUUUUUGGCUCAAAUGUCUUGGAGUAAUGACGAUUCCCUAAAUGUUACUUUAAAGAAGCAAGUUCCUUUAAAAUCAACUGGAAAUAUUUGUUUGAGGGUAGUAACAAAUGUUAAAAUACUCUCGGUGCAUUAUUUUCCCAGUUUACUGUUCUGCCCGAUUCCAUUCUGAGUGUGCCGUCAGGGAGCUUGGAGCACUUACUGAAUCAGAUAGACAACUGAGAUGAUAAUGUACAGUCCCUUAAGCUAUUUAUAUUCACUAUAGCCCCAAAACUAUCUGGGUAAUUAUAGGCAAGUGAUGCAAAUUGCAGCCUUUUCCUGGGAAGAAGGAUGGUGUUUUGAUCAGCCUUCCCAGACUCCAUGACCAACGGAAGAUUCAUUACACUUGGAACCCACAAACGAAUUUCUAACAAUCUUCAGUAUUAUACCAAUUGUGCACCUAAGGGUUAAAUUACUUUCUCACCUUAGGAGAAACAGCGCUGAAUUCUUAACUGGUUUCUGCAGUUUCUCAUAAAAUUUUACAGAACAGUGUGAAGACUUUAGAAAAAUCUGUGAAUCUGAACUCCCGAAGCUGGGAACAAAUGAGAAAAUUGACCUCAACAACACUAUACAUUUUUUCUGUGAAGCUGUUUAAGUUGCACAGUUGACAAUUGCCAAAAGUGGACCACAAAGAAAAAUGGUAUUAAAGGAUGCAAGCUAGGAAUGAGCAACAUCCACACUUGAAUAGACUAGGCCACUGUACUUUCCUAGCCAAGUGUACCCCCUGUCUGUUGAUGAAGCAAACCAGCUACACAUUCUCAUCAGUGAAUGCAUGGAGUGUUUUCAGAAGAGUAAUGUGGGUUUUGUAACUUUUGAAAUUGUUUGUAUGCACAACUUUGCAAAAAUUGUGAUAUGUAAUUGGGUAGUCAUUGCAUGCUUUUAAUCUUCCUUGAUUUUGUUUUGUGUUUUUUUUUCUCAGAAAGUAUAUAGAGUUCAUACAUGUUUGUUACAGAGUCGGCUCGAGGUGGAUGAAAACUGUAUUUCUGACUUUUCUAAAUUUAAAAGAAUUACAGUAGAUAGACAUUAUUUAACUAUUAACGAAAGAAUGUAUACAUUAAAAUUGAUUUUCAAAACGGUUUACAGAAA